AUGUCUCCACAUCCAAAGUGCAUCUGUCGCACCUAUCCUGAAGCGUCUGAGGAAAAGUCCGGCAGCGGAUUACGAGCGUUGAAGGCAUCUUCUCUCCAAUGCAUAGGAAUCAGCGAAGUCCUAGCAACAAAACUAGCCCUUGAUGCACUUGAGAGUUUCCGUGCUCCACAUCUAGAAACGCCUCGUUGCCCCUUGCAUGGUUACAAAUACCUCCCCUUCAGGCUGUUCAACACUCUCGACUCACAUCUUUUCCGCGGAGUGCUUAAAGACCAAGUCUACCUCAGAUGGUCGAAGAUUCUACCCUCUCGCGUCCACGGGUUGACGAGCAAGCCAGGCUCACGAGACAACAGAAUCACGAUCGACCUCCAACAUUCCUUGAUAAAGGAGAGCUCCGCCGAAGGAAUCAUAUCCGUUCUCAUACACCAUAUGGCUCACGCAUACUUCCUCGCUUGCUGUGGACCGCCCAGCUUGGGUAAGAACCGUUCGGAAAGACAGAAUCUCGGCCAUGAUCUAGCUUAUAGCACCCUGGUGUAUAAAAUUAUGGAUGUCUUUCAACCUCAGGGUUUCAAUAGGAUGCCAAACUUGUUCCUUUUUGAUCGUGCUCGGCACCAUCUGAAUGAUCACCGUCAGCUCUGUCGCGCGGAACGAACAGUGGGUCACUUGGCCGAACCCGGUAAAUGCUGUACGUACCAAUCGACGGAUUUCUUAGACAGGAAGACAUGUCGUGAUCAUACCUUAACUUUGAAGGAGUUACACUUGAAGCAUGAGCGUGAUGGAACGUCAGACCUCGGGGAUCCAUAUCCGAAAUCGCACUAUAUCCACGUUGUUGACCUUGUGAAACAGAGAUUUACACCAGUAUUGCGCAGUCAAUAUCGGUAUCGACCAAAGGACUAUAUUGAACUACACUAUGAGAACUACGCUGUGCCAUUCCUACGCUCUGGCCUGAGAAAGGACUGCUCCCUAGCUUCUAAGAUAUCAGAGGACGUUAAUUUCCUGAACAUACCAGCCCCGUCUCAUCAGAUAUUCUGCGCCUUUUACUCAUACCUCCUAAAUGGCGACUACCCCCCUGAAUUGGUCAAAAUUACAUCUCCUUAUAUCACAGCGAGAAAUGCCGAAGGGCCUCCACUGAUACUAACUUAUGUGCCUGAACUUGAGAACUUCCUCGCUACCGAUAUCAGGAUGUUCAGUUUAGCAAGCAUGUUGGAUUUCUCGGACCUAAGGGACAGUGCCAUGCACAGAAUGCAUUCUCUGAGUGAAACACAUGCGAAUCCAAUAUCGAUCCUUCAGGAAAUAUACAACAGUCCAACCAGGAAUGAUGAUGAUAGAGAUGGAUUGCGACGAUGGGUGCUGGAGUUCCUUCCCAAGGGCGGCAAGGAGCGCGGAUUUACCAAUAUAGACGUCCUGCAAACAGGUCAAUGGAGUGAUAGCCUUGCAAAGCUACGGAAGGAAAACGGCUUGUUUAACAUGGACUAUUCAACUGCAUUCGAAAGUUUGGUCUUGGAAAAGGCAUCGGCUUAUAUAAAUGCGUACAAUGAGGCGAGUCGAGCAACCGGGCACGCUGCAGGUAACCCAAGCGAGACCUUCAACCUAGGAACAUUAUCCUCUGAGGAAUUGGAACUGCUCCGUCAAGUACAUCCUCAGAUGUCAAAGCUCUACGAAACAGCCGUUGCCUCGACACAGAAACAAGCGCUUGGGCCCAAGGUGGAGAAACAAACCAACAAUGAUUGCGGAUCUGAGCAUUGUUUCUGUCAUGUCAACCAACAGACCCGACACCAUCCUCACCGACACCACCAGCAGCAGCAGCAGGAAGAGGACCAAGAUUCUGAUACUUCCUGCUCUCAGUGUCCCUGCUACUACUGUGUGCCUGUUUUGAAUGAGCCGAAUACGCUUAGGCAAACCCCAAACCCCCAGCAUUGUUUGAAUGUUACCACCCCCCUACUCUUCUCACCAAGCCCCCAGACCACAUGCAGCCCUAUAAAUUUUAUACCAGUUUCCACCCACCACAGAUUUAGAUGA